AUGUUAACCUGUAUCAUUAUCAAGGCAAGUGAAUUACGACUGACCUUGGUAUCGGUUUUGCAGAUGAAACUAUGCCAGUUAUUAAUUGCUGAUGUAAGUUUUAUUGCUCAAGAGAAGAAAGAUUUGCUUGGAAUAAUAAUUACGCAUGCUCAUGAAGACCACUGCGAUGCAUCCCUUCCUGGUGGUGAAGAAUUUGCCGCAGCACUCGCAUUGACGAUGACGUUCAUGCGUUUCCUUGUGACUGCGAAAUGA